AUGGCUUCAGAGAGUCAGGUUGAACUGGAAAACACAGACCUUUUCGCCACAGAAGUGGAAUUCGCGUCAGGUGUCAACGCAGCUUCGAUCGCCAAUGACAAUGAUGUGGCCAAUAACACAAGUAAUAUGGUGCUGAAGAAGGGAGAGUUUACGACAAAGGGUGACGAAGCUAUCGUCACAAUUGCUGAGCAAGUCACAAGCGUCAACCAUGAACUUAACAAGGACGCAGAACGGAAAGACAGGGCAGCCGUAAUGCAGGAGGAAUGUGUGGCCACGGAUGCUGAGGAACAACAGGCUGCGAAGCAAAGCAGUGCGGCUAAUGGAGAUGCUUCAGUCAACGUUAAGACUGGAAUUGAUGACCCAGCUUCCACUGAAACCCUCGCCGGCGACAAUAGCCCUGCCGUCGGUGGUGAUACUUUCCCAGUUGACAAUAGGACUCCUACCCCUCCAACUAUUUUUGCCGCUCCCACUGGCCUGGGUGAUGAGGACAAAACCUCGAAACCCUCGCUGAGAAAGCGUCACAACACCUUUUCUACCAACAUUGACGAAGAACCUGCCAAGGCGAAAGUGAGGAUCACAGACGACACCAACCAACUCACAGACGAACCGUGCUCUAAGCUUUCGUCUCCCAGCGACUUCAACAUGUUUCCACCAGCAAUCAUGAACGGCCCGCCAAACAGCCACACUCCGGCGACAGAUAAGGCCAAAAAACCAAUGAUCAUUUUGGCCAACGCCUGCACCCUGCUCGAUACUCGCGUCUCUGUGACCAAGGUCCUUCACUUCAUCCUUUCCAAGCACCCUGUCGUCAACAGACUCAUUCUUCCUAAGUACCCUUCGACCAAGAAUGGCAAAAACUUGCCCGAUACCGACACUAUUCUCUCGGUCUUGACCUCCUGGACCCGAAUCCCGGAGAUCAUCCUGGGCGUCCUCAACCUCCAUGAGGAGAAAACUAACGCCGCCAAUCUCGCCACAACUCCCGAGCAGGAGGACGACGACGUCACCAUCGUCUCCCCUCCCUCGACCUCCAAGCCCUUGACUCCUCCCCAGGGUCUGACCGACUUGCACUGGUACUAUGUCAGCAAGGCUUGGAUGGAGGCCUACUGGGCCAUUGGCCUGCCGCUGGUCAUGCCCGCCUCGGACGCGGCCGAGUUCCUGCUGCGCGCCAGGCAGGCCAAUGCCAAGAUCAUCGUUACGUCGGGUGGCAUGGAGACAGCCCCUUUGUACGAGGAAUUGAUGGCUCGUCUGGGUAUGAGGGAACUGAUUCACAAGAUUGUCGGUGGCUCUCUGGCCUGGAACGGCAUGACUGAUGAGCAGCUGAAGACUGACUGGAAAGCGAUUGUCAAAUGCUGGAUUGAUAUCGCCAAGGAGAGUGAGACUCGUCACGGCAAGACUACUGACGAGGAGCCUGAUAUUGUGAUGGUUUCCCGCGCUCUCCGUGACACAGACAUGAUCAAGAUCACUGGUUUGGGCAUCAAAACAUGCUGGGUUAAGGAGGCCGAGCCCAGCGCCCAGCAUAUUAAACCAGAUAUCGUGGUUCAGAAUUUGGAAGAGCUGGCCAAUCGCCUUUUCCCCGAGACCAAGAUCAUUAAGCUAGUGGAUGUGGAUGAUUGA